GGCUUUACGAAAUGAAUUUACUGACCAUAAAGUUUACCUUUCUGAAAUUCAUAAAGCAACAACAAAAUAUUAUAGUGGGAAACGAAAGAAUAUGUUAAAUGAUGCUGCAUCAUUGUAUGAAGAAUUAUCAGCAGAUUCAUAUCAGUGGGUUUUACAUCAGACAAAACAGGCCACUGGAGGCUAUAUACCUGCUGUUAUUAUGACUGAUGCUGAUCCAGCUUUGGAUCUUGCAAUCUCUGAGGAGUAUGAACAAUCUUAUACCAUGCAUUGUAUAUUCCAUAUAUCACAAAACCUUCAUCAAAAUCUUGAGGCUAAACAAAUUCCAUUAAUAUUGUCUGCCGCUAUAUUACCGCAAACAUUAUUUCCCGAACUCGAUAAAGCUUUGAGUCAGUUUAUUUUGUCUGAAAUACAAAAAAUUCAGCAUGCUAAAAUUAAAAGUUGCCUAAAUUAUCAUGCAUCUGCUAUCACAAAAGAUGAAAUGAUUAAAUAUCAAGAGGAAGAGCCUUAUUAUGUUGCCACAUGUUGUAGUAAGAACUUUUCUCAAGAUCAACCUACAGAAUUCACAAGAUCUAACAUAAAUAGAUUGUUUAUACCAGCUGAUCUCUGGGACGAAAGAAAGGAAAACAUUAAUGAACAAAAGCUAUAUGGAGAAUUAUGGGGAGUUGCACAAAAUAUCACGCAAAAGGCAGUUCAACUUUAUAGACAAGAUGUUCUUGAAAAGCUACAAAAUUUAUUAACUAAAAUGCAGGAUGAAGAGUUAGUAAACAGCCCAGCCAAUGAUGAUAAUGAGGAGAUAUACAGUAAUAGCUUAGACGAUAAUGAAGAAUAUGAAGAAACUAAUUCAUUAUCUGAUAUACCUCUUCAAAACCCAAAAAAACGUAAGGCGAAAGGACGACCAAAAAGUUCUAAACGAAUCAAACGAUCAGAAGAAUUAAAGCUGGCAAAACGUCAAAACCAAUGUGAGAAUUGUAGCGA